CAAUUAUGAAAGAUAAGGCUGUCAAUUUGUUUGUAAAUUUCCUGUUUGUCAAUAGAAUAUUUCUUUUCUGGAUUAAAAAUAAUAAUAAAACUUUAUAAACACAAAUUAUGGAAUCAUCCUCAACUUCCACCCAUACUGAACUCCUCCCGAGCCCGUCAACACAAACCCCGCCUAUAUUAAGACUUCGUUUGCAAAAGAAGAAACCUUCCAAAAAAGUGGUAUGGACCGAAGGAACCGUCGAUAACGAACAUAUGAACAAAAAGAAAUCAAAGUGUUGCUGCAUAUACAAGAAACCAUUGGUUUUUGGAGAGAGUUCCUCAGAGGAAGAAGAAGAAUGUGAACAUUGCUUUGGCCACCCAGAAAAGAGGAUUAAAAAUCAAAAAGAUGAUUUGGCAUCUCAUGCGUCGGAUGAAGCCAUGUGUUCCAAAUCAGACACGGGUUGUUCCACAUCAAAAAAGGACUAACUUUGAGGACAAGGCAAUGGUGUAAAGCAAAGGUUCUAAACAUAAACUUUUUUCAAAACUAACUGUUAACAAUUAAAUCAAUUCAUUAAGACAAGUCAAACUCUUAAAAUGAAAUAAAAAUUUACUGAAGUAAGAUUAUAAAUUAUUAAAUAAAUUAUAUGCACACAA